AGCCAGGGAGACCCAAUCAAACGCGCAGCGCAUCGAUUCGCCAAGCGCUCGUUGGCAAAGCGAGGAGGGGUUUCCCACCCCCGUCCUUUUUUUUUCUUCUCUCUCUCUCUCCCUUCAGCUCUCCUCGCCGCCAAUGAACUUGGACGAGGAAGAGGGGAGGGAGGGGGGAGCGACCAGCUACCGCUUCUCGAUUUGGUUUUUGUUUGUUUGUUUGUUUUAAAAAAGGAAAAAAAAAGUACGUUUGGCUGAAAGGGGUAGGAAAGCUCAAACUUAGCGCACGUUCUUCUUUGGCCAUGGACUACAUUUAGCCCUUCUUGGUCUUCUCUUGAUUUCUUUCUUUCUUUCUUUCCUCCCCCCCCCCUCCUCUCCUCUUCUCCUCUUCCCUUCUCCCCGCUGUUUUAAAGAUUUCCUGGGGGGAAGAAGAUGAUAGGCACGGAAACGUGAAACUUAGGAUCCCGAAGCUUGGCUGCAAAAAAAAAAAAAAAAAAAAAAUCCGAUUCCGAGCCGGAAAUCUUGGCUGGGCAGCGGCGACCGGUUGAAAAAUCUCCCACCAGCUUUAAGGCACGCACUGCCCUGCCUGUUGCCGGAGCCGGCGCCGCCGCCGCCGCCGGAGGGGACCAGCCGCCGGCAGCCGGGAAGCGGAGCCUCCGCCGCGGCCACGACGCCUCGGGCUCCUGGAGCGCGCCAGCCGAGCGCCGCGAGGGCGAAGGAGACACGCGCGCCCGGGGAGCCGCGCCAAGCGGAUGCCGUGAGGGCUCCCGAGAGCCGGAGGAGGCCCGAGAGGCGCGGGAGCUGCCUGCCCAGCCCUCCCGCUCGUCGGGGGGCUUCUCCGCCUCCUCCUGGCCGCGGGGCGACCUGUCAAACUCGGCCGUCCCGCCCGCAGCCGCCGCCGCCGCUUGCAGCAGCCCCCGCCGCCUCGCCGCCGCCGCCGCCGCGAUCGGGGCAGUCCUUGCGCCCUGCUUUCGCGCCUUGCCUCCGCCUCCGUCUCCUCCUCUUCCACCCCAGCGUGCAUGCCCGGCGGCGGCGGCGGCGGUAGCAGCAGCAGCAGCAGCAGCAGCAGCAGCAGCAGCAGCAGAGCAACAACAACAACAACAACAACAACACAAAAGCAACAGCCGCAGCAGCAGCAGCAGCAAGAGCCCCGUCAGCCUCGCAGCCCAGCCUGGAGUGGCUCCAGCGGGCUGGGGAGGGGAGGGGGCGCCCUGAAGCCCGUCGCCUUGCCAGCCCUGCCAGCCCGGAGACGCCGCCAGCCCCCCCGUCUCCUCCAGGCGCUGCCGGCGGACGCGGCCAGGCAAGAUGCCCAGGAGGAAACAGCAAGCGCCCCGGCGCGCAGCAGCUUAUGUUUCGGAUGAGUUGAAAGCGGCCGCCAUGGUGGACGAUGACUUGGAACCAGAGGAGACCACGUUUGAUGGAGAACCUUCUGCAAAAUACGCCUGUCCAGAAAAGGACUUCAGCAAGAAUUGCCAGAGCUAUCAGAACUCUCCAGUGGCCGAAUUUUCCAGCCAUGAAAUGGACAGCGAGUCUCAUAUCAGCGAGACGAGUGACCGAAUGGCCGAUUUUGAGAGUGGCUCCAUCAAAAAUGAAGAGGAGAGCAAAGAGGUUUCCAUACCGCUGGAAGAAUCUGUGGUGUCAGACAGUUUGGAGCAGAUGAAGGCCGUCUACAAUAACUUCCUCUCCAAUUCCUACUGGUCCAGCCUGAAUUUGAAUCUCCACCAGCCAGCCGUCGAAAAAAACAAUGGCAGCAGUAGCAGCAGCAGUAGCAGCAGCAGCAGUUGUGGCAGUGGCAGCUUCGAUUGGCAUCAAACCGCCAUGGUCAAAACCUUACAAGUGUCCCAGAACCGAAUUCUUCCUGAGCCCAGUCUUUUUAGCACAGUUCAAUUGUACAGGCAGAGCAGUAAGCUUUACGGCUCCAUCUUUACUGGAGCCAGUAAAUUCCGCUGUAAAGACUGUAGCGCAGCCUAUGAUACUUUGGUGGAAUUAACAGUGCACAUGAAUGAAACGGGACAUUAUCGAGACGACAACCACGAAACAGAUAACAACAACCCCAAAAGAUGGUCUAAGCCUCGUAAACGCUCCUUGCUUGAAAUGGAAGGGAAAGAAGAUGCCCAGAAAGUAUUAAAGUGCAUGUACUGUGGCCACUCCUUUGAAUCGCUUCAAGACUUGAGUGUGCAUAUGAUAAAAACAAAACAUUACCAAAAAGUGCCUCUGAAGGAACCCGUAACCCCUGUUGCAGCAAAAAUCAUCCCCGCCACUCGAAAAAAAACCUCGCUGGAAUUAGAACUGCCAAGUUCUCCAGACUCUACUGGGGGGACCCCCAAAGGGACUCUUUCCGAUGUCAACGACCCACUUCAAAAGAAUUCCAAUCCUUACAUUACACCCAACAACCGCUAUGGACACCAGAACGGUGCCAGCUACGCCUGGCAUUUUGAAGCGAGGAAAUCUCAAAUUCUCAAGUGCAUGGAGUGUGGCAGUUCCCACGAUACCUUGCAGGAACUCACGGCCCACAUGAUGGUGACAGGACACUUCAUUAAAGUCACCAACUCGGCCAUGAAGAAAGGGAAAACCAUUAUAGAGUCUCCUGUCACGCCAACCAUCACAACGUUGCUCGACGAGAAAGUACAGUCUGUGCCUCUUGCAGCCACAACCUUCACCUCUCCUUCCAACAUGCCGUCCAGUGUCUCCCCAAAAUUAAACAUGGAAAUCAAGAAAGAAAUUGAGAAGGACAGAACAGCUGCUGAAGAUAAGGUGAAAGACAAAGAAAAAUUAAGCGAAGAUGAGGAAAAAUAUGAUAUCUCCUCCAAAUAUCAUUACCUGACAGAAAAUGACUUGGAAGAAAGCCCCAAAGGGGGACUAGAUAUUUUAAAGUCAUUAGAAAAUACAGUCACUUCAGCUAUUAACAAAGCCCAGAAUGGCACACCAAGCUGGGGUGGAUAUCCCAGUAUUCAUGCUGCUUAUCAGCUGCCCAACAUGAUGAAAUUAUCCCUAGGAUCAUCAGGCAAGAACACUCCUUUGAAGCCCAUGUUUGCACAUGCUGAAUUGGUGUCUCCUACUAAAAGUCAGCCCCUGAUUUCACCUCCAAAUAGCCAAACCUCCCCUGUGUCCAAAACAAAUUUUCAUGCCAUGGAAGAGUUGGUGAAGAAGGUCACUGAGAAGGUGGCCAAAGUGGAGGAAAAACUGAAGGAACCUGAAGUGGGAAAACUUUCACCCUUGAAGAGAGCCACCCCUUCGCCCUGUAGCAGUGAGGUCAGUGAACCCCUCAAGAUGGACACUUCCAGUGACAUGGGGUUCAAAAGCCACCAGAAUAGCCCAGUUCCUCAGAGGGAGAGCUGCAGAGACAGCCCAACUGGAGAACCGAUGGAAAACGGCAAAGAGAUUGUCAAGAAAAUCGCAAAUACUUUGACCAGCAGUACAGCUAUUAUUACUGACCAUCCUCCGGAGCAACCCUUUGUGAAUCCAUUAAGUGCAUUACAGUCUGUCAUGAACAUUCAUCUUGGGAAGGCAGCGAAACCUUCUCUUCCUGCCCUAGACCCCAUGAGCAUGCUUUUCAAAAUGAGCAACAGCUUAGCAGAAAAGGCAGCUGUAGCAACACCGCCCUUGCAGCCCAAAAAACCAGAUCACUUAGACCGUUAUUUUUAUCAUGUCAAUAAUGACCAGCCCAUAGAUUUGACGAAAGGGAAGAGUGACAAAAGCUGCUCUUUGGGUUCAGCGCUUUUGUCAACCACAUCAGCGUCUUCAGCAUCUUCUUCAUCUACAGUGACAACAGCAAAGACAUCUGCGGUUGUGUCAUUUAUGUCAAACUCGCCGCUCCGCGAGAAUGCCUUGUCAGAUAUCUCGGAUAUGCUCAAGAACCUGACAGAAAGUCACACAUCAAAAUCUUCCACGCCUUCCAGCCUCUCCGAGAAAUCUGACAUUGAUGGCACGACAAUUGAGGAACCGGAAGAAACCACCCCGGCUCAGAAAAGGAAGGGACGCCAGUCAAACUGGAAUCCUCAGCAUUUACUCAUCCUGCAAGCCCAAUUUGCUGCUAGUUUGCAGCAGACGUCGGAAGGGAAAUACAUUAUGUCGGACUUGAGCCCUCAAGAGAGAAUGCAUAUUUCCAGGUUUACGGGACUCUCAAUGACCACCAUUAGCCACUGGUUGGCCAAUGUGAAAUACCAACUCCGAAGGACAGGGGGGACAAAAUUCCUUAAAAAUUUAGACACCGGGCAUCCGGUGUUCUUUUGUAACGACUGUGCUUCUCAAAUCAGAACUCCUUCAACGUACAUCAGUCACCUGGAGUCACAUCUAGGUUUCAGAUUACGAGACUUGUCCAAACUCUCGAGUGAGCAGAUUAACAAUCAGAUAGCACAUACCAAGUCAUCUUCUGAAAAACUGUUGGCACCUUCACCAGAGGAAGAGCUGGGAACUUCCUACCAAUGUAAACUUUGCAACAGGACUUUUGCAAGCAAGCAUGCUGUUAAGCUUCAUCUCAGUAAAACACAUGGGAAAUCUCCCGAGGACCAUCUUCUUUAUGUCUGUGAAUUGGAAAAACAGUAGCAUUAACUCCCCCCCUUUCUUUUUAACAGACAUGCUACCCGAACAACUGUACUUGGCUUUGAGGAAAACUGUCAGAUAUGCUGUUGAGUUUAUCCUUUGCCCCUUUCCCACUCCUGUUCUUGGCACAUAAUUGUUAUUUUAACUCUGGGGUGUCACUAGCCUGGACGACUGUCUUUUUUUAUAUAUAACUGUAUAGUGUUUAAUAGAGGUACAUAAUCAGCUAUUGUUACUGGUAAAAAUAUGAAGGUUAAAAACUCAGUGGUAAGUGUUUGGAACUUUGUGUAAAUUGGGGUUUUUAGUUGCUGUGCAUCACUGUGAUGCCUCAAGCUGCAUGCAUUGACAAGACCGUUUACUUAAGCAUUUAUUAACUAAAAUCAUGGUACACUCUUUAAAUGGCAAAUGAAGUGUGCCGGCUGUUUCUCACCUGUAAA